AUGGCACCAAAUGGUUACAGGAAGAUCUCCACCAAUAAAUCUGCCGAGAAAGUUGGUUUUGUUUCUUUCUUUUUGUUGCAAUGGAUGAACGAUGCUAUGAAGACAGGCAGUAAACGAACCUUAGAGGAAAGAGAUUUUGUACCACUCUCAAACGAGAACACCUCACAGUCAGCCACAGAACUUCUUGACAAAAAAUGGAAAGAAGAAAUAGCUAACUCCAUUAGGAAGAAGAAAACACCGAAGUUGUGGAAAAGUGUUUUUAAAAUGAUUUCCUUCAGGGAAGCUGUUUUUGUUGUUUGCUGUGAUUUCUUGUACGCAACCGGCUCCCUCCUCUCGCCAUUGCUCAUUGGACAUCUGAUUUUUACGUUAAUGUCUCAUGAAACACAUCAGAACAACAUCCUUCAUGGUUGCGUUUUAGCAACUGCCAUGGCUGUAACCACUUUGGUCGGGACUCUCGGCAUGCAACAUUCCGGUUACGCGGCUGAAAUAAUGGGCAUCAGACUGAGUAACGCAGUGAAAGGUCUCGUUUACAGAAAGGUGAGCACAAGAAGGGUAACUGUUUCGUCCCCAGCCUUCUCCAUAAUCUUCGAGGCGUUUACUUUUUCCCAUCCCGUUGCAUUUGCUCGUGUUAGUUGCCGACGCCGCUGCUUUGAAGAAGAUUGUGGACGAGUAAGGGCAGGGUUCGGUUGGGUUGGGUAGGGGGAAUGGGCGCAAUCUUCCUCAAUUCUCUCGACACUGUUUCCUUCGCUUUUCGAUACACUUUUGUUAUUAACUCCAGAUUAUGGAGUAGUCAGAGGAAGUUUUAAAUCCAGUGUCUAAGUAGGUAAUCUAGGAUUGCAUUCCGUCUUUUCUCGGCAACACUGUGUAUCCGCAGGCUGGAAUUUACACGGCGAGAAGUAGUAACCAGCGUUGGAAAUGAUUAUGCCUAAGGUAAAGCUUCUAUGAAUUCAUAUGCUUUAUUAAACCUGAAAUAUAAGAUUUGUCUUGGCACCUUAAGACUCCUCUAGCUACGCCUCUGUCUUGGGAGCGUGAGAGGUUGUUCAAUCUCAGACUUGAAUCCUCAAUCUCGCGGGUGGCAGUCAGCGUUCUAGCAAUUUGGCUAAACCCAGGUGGCGGUCCUCAUUGGCUCCUUAAUGUAUUCGAUAAAAAAAAUGAUUGGGAAUUGAACUUUGGAAGUGCAAGUUUGUCUCUUCGUUUCCUUGGAGAUGAGUAGAACUUGGUAAUCACUUCAGAACUAACCAAUCAGUGCACUCGAAUAGCACUUCCACCUGUGUGGUAUACCCUAAUUAUCUUUAGUGUAUACUAAAACAGUGGAUAACGUUGAAGGCGCACUCUGAUUGGCUACUCAAACUCCAAAUACCCCUUGCCAUUUAUCUCCGAGAAUCUUGCGCGGAGUUUUCGCCCGAAAAUACUGUAAUAGUUGCAGGAAACGAUUACAGUAUUUCGUAUAGGAUUAUAUAGAUUAGGAUUAUAGAUUAGGAUUUUGUACAUAGUAAAGCAAUUACUCGGUGGCUACCUGUGGGUAUUUACCUCGCAGCUGGGUAAAUAUCCACCACUAGCCAACUUUACUUUGGCGAAUGGUAGUUAGUGAUUCUGAUUACUUUCUGCACUAAACAUGGGUUUUCCUUUUCAAGAAGUCAAUUCUAGUAUUGAUAUUGUUUCAUUCUCAGAUCUUACUGCUUAGCAAGAGCUCAUUGUCAAAGUUUUCAGCGGGGCGUGUGAUCGACCUUCUGUCAAAUGAUGUUCAGCGAAUGGAGAAAGCACCUAAAUGGAUUUUAGCAAUGAAUUCAGCCAUACUCCAAAUUGUGCCCGCAACGUUUAUAAUCGCGUAUCUGAUUGGCUGGCAGGCUCUUAUGGGAGAGAUAUUUCUCUGUCUUCUUCUACCGUAUUAUGCAGAGAUGUCUUCUGUCAAUGCCGCACUGCGUCUGCGUUCAGCGGCGGAAUCUGAUAUGCGAAUUUCUUUGACGAAUCAAGUGGUUUCUGGGAUACGUGCUAUCAAAGCGUAUGCGUGGGAGGAUGAAUUCAGAGAAAAAAUAAAACACACACGAAAGUAAGGGAAAUUUAAAAACCCAUUUUAUUUUUUCAGAUAACUGCACAACAUCGUCAGACCGACACCUUUGGGUGAACGAAGUGAUAGUAUUAGUUUACUAGCGUGAUAACUCAUUCCAGAUUUUAGGAAAAACACUCUAUGAGUUUAUAACUCACAAAAUAAUUAACAUUUAUAGGUAGAGAGGGUGGCUGUGAGUGGGGGGAGGGGGUUGGAGGUCAUAUCAAGGAAUCUUUUGUGAUCAUGGCGAUGUACUGUUUAAUGUGCUUUGCUUAUUGUAUAAUGCGUUCAGUUUUCAGAGAGUUUUUGGGUGUAAUAAACGAUAGGUAUCUGAACAACCAGUGCAGAGUGCAGAGUUUCUGAUCAGUACUUUGAGUUUGUCCAAAAAAUGAUGACAACAAAUCUUUUUGUUUCUUUCAGACGAGAAAUAAGCAUCAUCCGUAAGAAAAGCGCUAUUCUCUCGGGCUUAGCUGCCUUAGAAUAUACUUCAAUACCAAUCCUGCUGUCUGUUAUUACUCUGCUGCUUACUGGUCAACCCUUAACACCAGUCAAUGUUUUUAUGCUCUUAAUGUUUACUAACUUGCUAAGACUUAACAUUUGCCUUGACAUCGCGUAUGGUGUGGUGGAGACAUGGGAAUCAUUUGCAUCACUCGGAAGAAUAGAAGAUUUUCUUAUUUCAGAGGAUUUGUUUUCCAUCUCUGAGGAUCAUUGUCUACAUGACAGAGGAACAGUUGCGGAGAGAAAGUCGGGCAAGUUACAAAACGAUUUUACAUCUAUGAGCCAGUCGCAUGUAUCAGAUGAAGAUCCCCUUACUGAUCAGUGGAUUAACCCUUCUAAGCCAGGAAAUGUAUGUGUGUCGCAUUUAACAUAUAAAGAAGUGGCGAGGAAAGAUGAAUUUAUUCUUCAAGAUGUGGACUUCGUUGCUGCGUUAGGAAGCUUGACAGUUGUCACUGGAUCAGUAGGCAGCGGUAAAUCAACUCUCCUCUCAGCGAUCGCGGGCGAGAUGUCAGACGUAAGCGGAGCAAUAAGUCGUCAAGGAAUAUUUGUGUAUGCACCGCAAAUAGCCUGGGUGUUCUCUGGAACCUUAAGAGAAAAUAUUUUAUUUGGAGAGUCGUACGAUGAUUCAAGAUACACCAGAAUAAUUGAGGCAUGCGCCCUCACGGAAGACUUUCAGCGGUUUCCGAACGGUGAUGAAACCGUUGUUGGUGAGCGCGGUGUCGUUCUGAGUGGUGGUCAGCGUGCAAGAGUAAGCUUAGCACGCGCAGUGUACGUGGAUGCAGACCUUUACUUGUUGGAUGACCCUCUCAGCGCGGUGGACUUCAAAGUUGGUCGGCAUAUCUUUGAAAAGUGUAUUAAGGGUUUGCUUGGCGAGAAGACCCGCCUGUUAACUUCUCAUCAAGAACGACACAUGAAAGAUGCAGACCAAGUGAUUGUACUGCACAAAGGUCGCGUUCUGGGGAAGGGAACCUUCGCUGAGCUUCAAGAAAAAGGCAUCUUAAAUACCACCAUCGACCCACUGUACAAGAAUGCUGCGAUAGAGAACAAGUGUGAUGACAUGGUCACCGCAAGGGAGGAUGAAGAGAGACGCGGAGAUUUGAAGCCAUUCACAAAUAAAGACAAUGAACUGGAAAUAUCUGUUGAAGAUCGGGCAAUCGGAACGGUGUCAAGUAAGCUUUAUUGGGACUACUUCAGAAGUGGUAUUCACUCAUUGCUCAUCAUUGGAAUGAUUUUCUUGUGUCUUAUUUCUCAAGGUGAGCACUAAAGAAUUAUAAAAGUGGCAAAAACUCAGCCAUUGCUUGGUGCUGUCGAGCAACAUUCUCUCUCGGGGCGAACGAGUAAGCAACCGACCAAUCCAGUUUUUUUUUUUGACUUGGAGGAGCAAGAGGAAACUAGGACUGACGAAAAAGGCGUGCAAAGGGUGACGGGAAAUUAAUGUUAGGACUAACAACCAAUCUGACAUUUAUGAGAGAGGUUGACGCCUUUUAAUCCUGAGAUUUUUAUUUCACCAGAUUUAGACUGUUACGUAGAUUAAGAAAAAUUUAUCUCACUUUCGCAUAUUUUUAUCACACACAUAUAUUUUUUCGCCUUUUUUCAGCAUCGAUGGUUGCUUCUGACGUGUGGUUGUCCUUUUUGACCAGAAAACUUCCAUCAGAACAGAAAGACAAGACAAAUCUAACUAUCUAUGGUGGUUUAGUCGCUGCUUCCUUAAUUUUAGGCAUCAUCAGGGCCUAUAUUUUCUUUUUGGUUUGUCUUAGAAGCUCUGAGCGUCUUCAUGACAAAAUGGUUGUGGUUCUUUUAAAAGCGUCGGUUCUUUUUUUCGAUUCAAAUCCUGUGGGUAGAAUCCUGAAUCGAUUCUCUAAAGACGUGGGUUGCAUGGAUGAGUUAUUACCAUUACAGUUUCUAUCUACAAUUCAAUUGGUAUUGCUGUUGCUCUCAUCAGUGAUCGUUCCUUCUGCUACAAAUCCUUGGGUUUUGUUUGUUACCGUUCCAGUGACGGCCAUGAUUCUUUACUUUGCAAGAUUUUACUUGAAGAGUUCCAGAGAACUAAAAAGGUUGGAGUCAAUAUGUCGAAGCCCAGUCUUCUCUCACAUAUCAGAGACUCUCGAUGGACUGGACACAAUUCGAACAAGAGGCAGACAGAGAGAGUUUAUAGACAAGUUUUACAAGUAAGUUCGUGCAACUUUACAAGUGAGCUGGGAAACUCAAUUCAGGCUCGAGACGCAAAACUUUCAUAGUGCAGGGUUUAUUUUUGGUAUCUUAAAACAUUAUCCGUGAAAAACAGUCGUCCCUUCUCCCUUCCUUCCAUCAUAGCCAUUACCUUCUCCCCCCUCCCUCCCCCCCCCCUCCCCACCUUCGUCUUCCAGCGCUUUUAAAAUUGUAGACAUGGAAUGCUGGGUUGAUUGGGGCACUGAAUCUUAAAUUUUGUAUUCGGUCCCAGCCUCGAAUUCUUUUUGGCAUCUUAAAACAUUAUCCGUGAAAAACAGUCGUCCCUUCUCCCUUCCUUCCAUCAUAGCCAUUACCUUCUUCCCCCCCCCUCUCCCCCCCACCUUCGUCUUCCAACGCUUUUAAAAUUGUAGACAUGGAAUGCUGGGUUGAUUGGGGCACUGAAUCUUAAAUUUUGUAUUCGGUCCCAGCCUCGAAUUCGCCCCUCUAUCUCAUCACUUUUUUUCGUUGGCGGUCUCGUGUCCAAAUGUUUUUUUUUUCUUUUAAUUUACAUUCUGUAUACCAAAUCUAUAAAUCUGUUUCGUUCAUCAUGGUGGUGGCACCCUCUGUGCAACGCUUAAGAAACUUGCUGCGCAGAAUUGACAUUUGAACUGGAGAUGAUUUACGUUGAUGUAUUAUCUUUCCCGUUGGACAGCUACCAAGACACUUAUACCCAGUCGUUCACGAUGGUGAUGCGGCGGUCUCCUCUCUUUCUUACCCCCACCCCUACCCCCUUCGCAACGCUUUUUACGUUUUACUGAGUGAACAAAUAUUUAGACUCGAGAUGACUUAAGUUGAUCUAUUUUCUUUCCCAUUGGACAGCUACCAAGACACUCAUACCCAGUCUUUUGUCAUGGUGACGGCGAGUGGCAGAUGGUUCGGUGUUCGUCUGGAUGCAAUCAUUUCUCUUUUAAUAGGCUUAGUUGUCUCAGUGGCAGUUUUAGUAUCUCAAGAUGCUGGUAUGUAGAGUUUCAUCCGAAAUAAUUGCACCAUUUCACGCUCGUGUACACCCAAAAAAAUGUGAUAAAUAAGACUGUGAAAGAAUCUUUCCGCGCGUAGCUGGGAGACAAAAAGAAGUCGUUGUAGCCCAUUUCAUCACUAUCUUCAUGAGGACGAUUAACUUACAGAUAUUUUUUUCUAUUUAGCUUCCGCUGGGCUUUCUCUCGCUUACCUCAUUCAAACAGUGGCCCUGACACAACACGCCGUCAGAAAAUCAUCAGAUGUCGAGAAUUUUAUGACGUCAGUUGAACGAGUUAUGACCUACACCAAGCUUGACUCUGAGCCUGGAUACCAAGUGGACACACUUCCCCCGGAACACUGGCCACGCGAAGGAAAUAUCACAUUCCGCGACGUGUCGAUAACGUAUUACCCGGGGGGACCGAAAGCGCUGAGGAACAUCAGUCUUGACAUCAAAGGAGGCUCAAAUAUAGGUGUUGCAGGUCGCACGGGUGCCGGCAAAUCAUCUUUUGUAGCAGCUCUUUUACGCAUGCCCGAUCCUGACGGAGAUAUUCUCGUGGAUGGGGUUCAGAUAAAGAACAUUAAUCUCCGAACAGCUCGAGGAUGCAUAUCCGCUCUUGGCCAAACUCCUGUGCUUUUCAGUGGAUCAUUGAGGACAAAUCUGGAUCUUGUCAACCGCUUCAAAGAUGCAGAUCUGUGGCGGGUCUUAGAGGAUGUGCAACUCAAAGAUUUCGUACAAAGUCUUGAGGGACAAUUGGAUUACGAAUUGGUGGAAAAUGGAGCAAAUGUCAGUGUAGGAGAGCGGCAGUUGAUUUGUUUGGCUCGUGUUCUGUUGCAGCAGAACAAGAUUAUCAUCUUGGAUGAGCCCACUGCACACGUGGAUCCAGCCACAGAAGAAAUAAUCUGGAGAGUGGUGCGAGAGAAACUGAAAGACUCCACAGUAAUAACUAUAGCUCACCGUCUGAACACCAUCCGACACUGUGACAAAGUAUUUGUUUUUAAGGAGGGAGGGGUGGUCGAGUCUGGAAAGUUUGACUCAUGAAGACUGAAGCGUUUUACACCAGCCUUUUGUUGUUUUUGUUUUUUCUUAGAGUGAAAUAGGAUUGAGUGUCGUCAAAUCAAAACUAAAGUUAUCGGAAUGGUCAGUUUACUUCCUGGCCGAUAUUCCAAGUAUCGAAAUGGAAGUGAGAGCACAAGUUUCUUAAUCGUGGAAUUUAAGGGGUCUUUUAUAUUUAAAAUAAAAUAGAAAAGCCUUUCUACUACUUUGUCAUUAGCAAAGAUAUUGUGCGACUGUUUUCUGCUUUAUUCCAAAGGAUUUGAAUGUAAUUCAAUCAACUUUUCUUUUUCGGAGGUUAUUUCUUCAAAAGGAAGUGGAGGCCAAGAAGCAUGAAAAUAUUUUCUUCGAGAGAAGGCGGAUCAGUUUUAGUAUCUAACCCAACAUUAAGCCUAGAAAAUUUUUAUCAGUUGAAUGUUGUUGGGUCAGGGGAGGGGUAGGUGGGCAGUUCCUCAGAUACUGACAUUGAUGCAUGUAAGCCAUUAAAUUCUACAAAAAUAAAAGGUAUUUACUCAAGACCACCGGGAAGUACAGCGCGCAAUAUUGCUAUAAAAUUCUAUUUCAAAAAGUGUCCCGGUGUUUUAGCAGCAGUUAUAGUACUGUAAUUUAUCCAUCAAUAGCAACAGAACCAUCAAACCAAGCAGCAAUAAAAAGUUUUGCAAAAUUUUCUUUUUCGGUAAUCAAAAUUUAGGUUUGAUGUUUUCUUUUUUGUUUGUUUGUUUGUUUGUUUUUUUAUAUAAAAGCAAUAAAUGCCAUAUAUAACAGUGCAUUACCGAGCAUGCAAGUCUCUCCUACGCUUUGAGAGUUUUACGUCUAACUUCGAGAAGGUAAAGUUCUAGACUUACUUGCUUGAAAAUCUGAGAUACAGAGAGCAUUUUCACUUAAUCUGAGCCCGCGUUAAAUCUUUGUCUUACCGGCUUUCCAUCAAAAUUACAAUUUUCUGUUUCAUAGAAAUUUUUCUUAACUUUUAAACCCGCCAUAAAGUUCAAAGCCUGGAUAAACAGUUUGUUACCUUUUAUUUCGCUGUGACCAAAUGCCGGCAGCCGGGCACGGUCUCGAAUAGACUAAAUGCCUGGCAGUCAGAAAUUUUCACAGAAUUGCAACCGAAAGGUUCUUUCAAACUUCUUAGAAUAUCAGAAAUUUGCUCAGAAACGCCAAGCGAUUUCAAAAAUUAUUUUGGCUUUUUAGUGGACAAAUACAUCGCUCGGUUGUCGACACUUGAAAAUUGUACGCUUCUGAUCAGGCUGCCGCACACGGUAACAAGCCUUUGCAUAAUUAUAAAAAACCCGCUCAAACCUUUUGGGUGAUUUGAAUUAAGAAAGCGCUGUUGAACUUCUUUGAAGACUCAUUGUUUGACUUUAAAAAAAACACCAAAAAAAAAACUUGUGUUUCAUUAUUCCAAAUUGCGCUCGAAAUCAUCUGAUCGCCUGUACCAAAGAAAUUCUGUUUUACGAUUUAAGUGCGGUCGUCUGUAGAAGAGUGUACAUAUGCUAAUCAAGCUUUCUAACAAGGGAUUUCUGCGCGCUUAGUUCCAUUAGUGAUCAGGACUGCUUGCUGGUGUGUGACUCGUUUACGAAAUUUUGUCGUUGGUGCAAUUUCACCCAUUACCUGCUCCCUCUAGGGAAAAACAAGCAAGGUUAGUCGGUAAGUGUUUAUCUCUUGAUCUCUUGACCAUUUCCAACUUUAAUUUUAACCUUGCCCGGCUAAAGGGCAUUCAGUCACUGCGUAUUUUCAACCGCACUCGUGCAUAUCCACACGCUGGCAACUAUUUUGAAGCAGGCAAAAAUAAAUGACUUAGCGGUUUUAAAACCUUGAAUUUUCUUUCUAAGUCCCCUUUAAUAUCAGUUUCAAGUCAAAAACAAAGGAGAAAUUGCACAGAUUAAUUUCUUUGUCCUUUCUGAUUUCCUUAGGAAAAAAAUUCCCUGAUAAAUUUGAAUAUUUAAGCAAACGAUCCACAUUUUUAGCGGGCUUUUUGGCCAAAACUCACACUGAAAGUUUAGCUGAAAUUACCAAUGAUUCCCCUUUCACGCUGUAGCAGGAGCAUUUAAACUGCAAAAAUAAAUAUCUGCGAGGCGACAAAAAGAAAGAAAAUAAAGACCAGACGAUGCCAAGUCUCUGGGAAAAAUACGUUGCGUGACACAACCGUUGCAUGUAUUUUAAUUUCGCUAUUGACAACAUUUCCCGUGUAUAUUUACAUUUGCCAACAGAAUUGUCACAGUGAUAAAAAUAAUACUCUGAAGUUGGUUGUAGGUGGUUGUAGGUGGUUUCAGGUGGUUUUAGGUGGAUUUUGGUUAUUCCUUGUUUUAGUACUUGUGGACACGACCGUUGCAUCCAUUCUCAUCUCUAAAAAGCACGAUCCCAGUAUAUCAGGGAUUCCUGAAUACUACGAAAUACACAUUUGAAUUCCAAUAGCUAUUAGAUUGCACAGUGGGCUGAGAAUUUCUUCUCUAUGGUGGGAUGUUAGAAUCGAUGGUCAAACUGUGAUAACCAGGUCUGUAUGAUGUUCAACUUGAGAAAUUUACUUCUCCUCCCCUGAAAAAAUGGAACGCCAGAGAAUUGUCUUGAAUUAUGCUUUUUGGCACAGCUUUCCAAAACCCAGGCUUCUGAUCCAUUUUAUUAACCUGAAGACGGGAGUAAUACCAUGGAGAGCGAGAGCUGGGAGGCAUAAGGCCACAAAAGUACUGGAGCCGAGAGAACAUGAUACAGGAAGUGGGAGACUGUGACCUUCCCGUCCCCCCCCCCCCCCUCCACUUGCAUGGCACCACUAAGGGCCGAUCAAAGAAUGGGGAGACAUAAAUAACAUAAAGUUGUAGAAUAUUGAAAAGUGCUCCACAUUUUGUCAAGCAUACAGGAUAGAGGAAUUUACAAGUCCUCACAAGGGUUAUAACAACUUUAGAAAAAUCAAAGAAAUGUGUUAUCUGGCCUUAAGACGAAGAAAUAUCUAAGUCUCCGACAAGGUAUCCCAUCCCAAACUUGCGAAUUAUCCGCUCUGAUGCUGUACAAUGAACUCGAUGGAGAGUUAAGCCAUUAUUAGGUUUAUUUGUGACAAGCAUCCUGUAUAUCGCUAGGACUGACAAUGUCGAAGGUUCGGUAGUGAAAUAAAAGAAGACUUUAUCACGAGAUGUGAAACGAGAGUGGGACAAAAAAAUCUGAUUCUUUUAUGAGGAAGGAGUUUAUCCCAAUCUCUCACACUCUAUUUACAUUAAAAAUGCUAUUUAGUUCAUGAUUUUUUCAAAUUUGAUGUAGCAAAAUGCGAAGCGUGACUUGGAUUUAUUAGUGAGAGAUGAUGAUAUUGAUCAUGUUUUAUCGUUCUUCGGCUAAAGGUUUAGAGCUAUGGCACCAAAUGGUUACAAGAAGAUCUCCUCCACCAGUGACUCUGCCGAGAAAGUAAGUUUUGUUUCUUUCCUCUUGUUGCAAUGGAUGAACGAUGUCAUGAAGACAGGCAGUAAACGAACCUUAGAGGAAGAAGACUUUGUACCACUCUCAAACGAGAACACCUCACAGUCAGCCACAGAACUUCUUGACAAAAAAUGGAAAGAAGAAAUCGCUAAUUCCAUUGAGAAAAAGAAAAGACCCAAGUUAUGGAAAAGUGUUUUGAAGAUGAUUUCCCUCAGGGAAGCUGUUUUCGUUGUUUGCUGUGAUGUCUUGUACGCAAUCGGCUCCCUCCUUUCACCAUUGCUCAUUGGAUAUCUGAUUUUUAUGUUAAUGUCACCUGAAACACAUCAGAACAACAUCCUUCAUGGUUGCAUGUUAGCAGCUGCAAUGGCUGUAAACACUUUGGUUGGGAGCCUCGGCAUGCAACAUUACGCUUACGCGGCUGAAAUAAUGGGCAUCAGACUGAGUAACGCAGUAAAAGGUCUCGUUUACAGGAAGGUGAGCACAAGUAGAGUAACUGACUCGUUCCAAGCCUUCUCCAUAAUGUGCACGGCGUUAACGUGGGGAAGAAAGGGGUGAUGGGAAAGAGGAAAAGGCCCUCUCACUUUUCCCACUCUGUCGCACUUGCCCGUGUUAGCUGCCGACACCGUCCCUUUGAAGAAAAUUGGAAACGAGUCAGGGUAGGGUUGGGUUGGUUUGGGUAAGGGGAAUGGACGCAAUCUUCCUCAAUUCUCUCAGCACUUGCUCCUUCACCUCUUUAUACACUUUUGUUGUUAACCUUGGAUUAUGGAGUAGUCAGAGAAAGUUUUUAAUCCAGUGGCUGCAUUCUCUCUUUUCUUGGCAACAGUGUGUAUCCGCAGGCAGUAUUUACACGGCGUAAAGGCGUAACCAGUAUCGGAAAUGAUUACGCCGAAGCUGAAGCUUGUAUGAAUUCAUACGCUUUCGCAAACUUAAGUAAUGAGAUUUUUCUUGGCACGUUACGACUCUUCUAGUUACGCCUCUGUGUUGGGAGCGUGAGAGUUGGUUCAAUCUGCUUGAAUCGAGCUUGAAUCCUCGAUCUCGCGGGUGGCAGUCGGCGUUCUAGGAAUUUGGCUGGUGGAUAGCACUGAAGGCGCGCUCAGAUUGGCUACUCAAACUUCAAAUAUCCCUUGCUAUUCACCUCUGAGAAAAUUGCCCGGAAUUUUCGCCCAAAAAGCGUUGCAGGAAUAAAUGAGUGAAAAUCAUCUUUUUGUGUUUCUUUUCUCUCAAUGUUUUACUACAUACUAAGGCAAUUACACACCUCAGAGUCGGUGGCUACCUGUGGGUAUUUACCUCGCCACUUAGCAGCUUGGUAAAUAUCCACCACUAAUCACCUUUAGUUUGGCGAAUGGUAGUUAAUGAUUCUGAUUGCUUUCUGCACUUAACAUGGGUUUUACUUUUCAAAAAGUCAAUUCUAGUAUUGAUAUUGUUUCAUUCUCAGAUUUUACUGCUUAGCAAGAGCUCAUUGUCAAAGUUUUCAGCAGGGCGUGUGAUCGACCUUCUGUCAAAUGAUGUUCAGCGAAUAGAGACAGCACCUAAAUGGAUUUUAGCAAUGAAUUCAGCCAUACUCCAAAUCGUGCCCGCAACGUUUAUAAUCGCUUAUCUGAUUGGCUGGCAGGCUCUUAUGGGAGAGAUAUUUCUCUGUCUUCUUCUACCGUAUUAUGCAGAGAUGUCUUCUGUCAAUGCCGCACUGCGUCUGCGUUCAGCGGCGGAAUCUGAUAUGCGAAUUUCUUUGACGAACCAAGUGGUUUCUGGGAUACGUGCUAUCAAAGCGCAUGCGUGGGAGGAUGAAUUCAGAGAAAAAAUAAAACAUACACGGAAGUAAGGGAAAUUUUAAAACCUAACUAAUUUUUUCAGAUAACCGCAGAAGAUCUUUGCACCGACACCUUUGGGUAAACGAAGUGGUAGUAUUGGUUUACUAGCGUAAUAACUCAUGCAAGAUUUUGGAAAAACACUCUAAGAGUUUUUAAUUCACAAACGUAACAUUUAUGGGUGGAGAUGGUGGCUGUGAGGAAGGUUGGAAGUCAUAUUUAGGAAUAGUUUGUGAUCAUGGCGAUGUAAUGUUUAUUGCGCUUUGCUUAUUACAAAAUGUGUUCAGUUUUCAGAGAGUUUUUCGGUGUAAUAAACGAUAAGUAUGUGAACAACCACUAGAAGAGUUAUGGGUGCAGAGUGCAGAGCGCAGAGUGCAGAGUGAAGAGUGAAGACUGCAGAGUGCAGAGUUUCUAAUCAGUACCUUCAUUUUGUCCAAAAAUGAUAACAACAAAUCUUUUUGUUUCUUUCAGACGAGAAAUAAGCAUCAUCCGUAAGAAAAGUGCCAUUCUCUCAGGUUUGGCUGCCUUGGAGUAUACUUCAAUACCAAUCCUGCUGUCUGUUAUUACUCUGAUGUUUACUGGUCAACCCCUAACACCAGUCAAUAUUUUUAUGCUCUUAAUGUUUAUUAACUUGCUAAGACUUCAAAUUUGCCUUGGCACUGCGUAUGGUGUGGUGGAGACACGGGAAUCAUUUGCAUCCCUCGGAAGAAUAGAAGAUUUUCUUAUUUCAGAGGAUUUGUUUUCCUUCUCUGAGGGUCAUUAUCUACAAGACAGAGGAACAGUUCUAGAAAGAAAGUCGGGCAACUUACAAAACGAUUCUACAUCUAUGAGCCAGUCGCAUGUAUCAGAUGAAGAUCCCCUUACUGAUCAGUGGAUAAACCCUUCCAAGCCAGGAACUUUAUGUGUGUCGCAUUUAACAUAUAAAGAAAUGGCGAGGAAAGAUGCAUUUAUUCUUCAAGAUGUGGAAUUCAUUGCUGCGUCAGGAAGCUUGACAAUUGUCACCGGACCAGUAGGCAGUGGUAAAUCAACUCUCCUCUCAGCGAUCGCUGGCGAGAUGUCAGACGUAAGCGGAACAAUAAGUCGUCAAGGAACUUUUGUGUAUGCACCGCAAAUAGCAUGGGUGUUCUCUGGAACCUUAAGAGAAAAUAUUUUAUUCGGAGAGUCGUACGAUGAACCAAGAUACACCAGAAUAAUCGAGGCAUGCGCUCUCACAAAAGACUUUCAGCAGUUUCCAAACGGUGACCAAACCGUUGUUGGUGAGCGCGGUGCCGUUCUGAGUGGUGGUCAGCGUGCAAGAGUAAGCUUAGCACGCGCAGUGUACGUGGAUGCAGACCUUUUCUUGUUGGAUGACCCUCUCAGCGCGGUGGACUACAAAGUCGGUCGGCAUAUCUUUGAAAAGUGUAUCAAGGGUUUGCUUGGUGACAAGACCCGACUGUUAACUUCUCAUCAAGAGCAACACAUGAAAGAUGCAGACCAAGUGAUUGUACUGCACAAAGGUCGCGUUCUGGGGAAGGGAACCUUCGCUGAGCUUCAAGGAAAAGGCAUCUUAAAUACCACCAUCGACCCACUUUACAAGAAUGCUUCGACAGAGAACAAGUCUAAUGACAUGGUCACCGCAAGGGAGGAUGAAGGGAGACGCGGAGGUUUGAAGCCACUCACAAAUAAAGACAAUGAACUGGAAAUAUCUGUUGAAGAUCGGGCAAUCGGAACGGUGUCAAGUAAGCUGUAUUGGGACUACUUCAGAAGUGGUAUUAACUCCUUGUUCAUCAUUGGAAUGAUUUUCUUGUGUCUUAUUUCUCAAGGUGAGCUCUAAAGAAUUAUUAAAAUGGGAAAAACGUAGCCAUUGUUUGGUGCUGUCGAGCAACAUUUUCUUUCGGGAGGAACGAGCAAGCAGGCAACCAAGUCAGAAACUCCAACCCAGUUUCUUUUUGUCUCGGAGGAGCAAGAGGAAACUGGGACUAACGGGAAAAGGCAUGCAAAGGGUGAUGGGAAAUUAAUGUUAAGACUAACAACCAAUCUGACAUUUACGAGAAAGGUUGACGCCUUUUGAUCCUGAGUUAAAAAAUGUUUAUUUCAUCUGAUUUAGACUUUUACGUAGACUAUGAAGCGUAAUUUUAUCAUUCACCAUAUUUUUUCGCUUUUUUCAGCAUCGAUGGUUGCCCCUGACGUGUGGCUGUCCUUUUUGACCGGGAAACUUCCAUCAAAGCAGAAAGACAAGACAAAUUUAACUAUCUACGGUGGUUUGGUCGCUGCUUCUUUCAUAUUAGGCAUUAUCAGGGCUUACACUUUCUUUUUGGUUUGUCUAAGAAGCUCUGAGCGUCUUCAUGACAAAAUGGUUGUGGCUCUUUUAAAAGCGUCGGUUCUUUUUUUCGAUUCAAAUCCUGUGGGUAGAAUCCUGAAUCGAUUCUCUAAAGAUGUGGGUUGCAUGGAUGAGUUAUUACCAUUACAGUUUCUGGCCACAAUUCAGUUGGUAUUGCUGUUGCUCUCAUCUUUAAUCGUUCCUUCUGCUACAAAUCCUUGGGUUUUGUUUGUCACCGUUCCAAUGACGGCCAUGAUUCUUUACUUCGCGAGAUUUUACUUGAAGAGUUCCAGAGAACUAAAAAGGUUGGAGUCAAUAUGUCGAAGCCCGGUCUUCUCUCACAUAUCAGAGACUCUUGAUGGAUUGAACACAAUUCGAACAAGAGGUAGACAGAGAGAUUUUAUGGACAAAUUUCACAGGUAACUUUGUGCAACUUUCCAAGUGAGCUUGGAAGGUAAAAUCUGAAACUCAAUUCAGGCUUGGUCCGCAAAACGCUCAUAGCGCAGGGUUUGUGUUUGGCAUCUGGAAUCAUCAUCCGUAAAAAACAAUCUCCCCAGUUACCCUUUCCUCCUUCCUCCCACCAUAGCCUCUCUCCCCCCCCUCUCUCCCCCCUCCACCUUCCUAUUCCAACGCUUUGAAAAUUGUGGAGAUGGAAUGCUUGGUUGAUUGGGGCACUGGAUUUGGUACUUGGUCCCAGCCUCAAAUUUGCCCCUCUACCUCAUAACAUGUUUUCGUUGGCGUUAUCGUGCUUACUAUUCUACUACGUCGUGUCCAAAAUUUUUUUAAAUUUACAUUUUGUUUACCAAAUCUAUGAAUCUGUUUUGUUCAUCAUGGUGAUGGCACCCUCUCCGCAGCACUUAAAGAACUCGCUGCGCAGGUUUGACAUUUGAAGUCGAGAUGAUUAACUUUAAUUUUUUUUUUUUUCCCUACGGACAGUUACCAAGACACUCAUACCCAAUCCUUUAUCAUGAUGAUGGCAAGUGGCAGAUGGUUCGGUGUACGUCUGGAUGCAAUAAUUUCUCUUUUAAUUGGCUUGGUGGUCUUAGUGGCAGUUUUAGUAUAUCAGGAUGCCGGUAUGUGUAGUUCCAACCAAAUUAAUUACACCGUCACACGCUCAUGUACACUUUAAAAAGCCUGUGAUAUUCCAUGUGAUAAGACUGUCCAAAGAAUCUUUUCGCGUGUAGCGGGAGACCAAAACAAGUCGUUUUCCAACAAUUCCAUUCAUCACUAUCUUCAUGAGGACGAAUUGAGAUUAGUUUGAUUAAAAAAAAGUUUUUUCCAAAGUAAUUUAGCAUAUCACAAGAGUAGCGUCGCGGUAACAGGUAACCGCGACAUGCUGUGUCGUAUCGAUUCGUUAAAUUUUUGGUAAUUUUUUUUGCGUGACCUGCUAGAAAUGAACAGUUAAUUAACAGAUUUUUUUUUCUAAUUAGCUUCCGCUGGGCUUUCUCUCGCUUACCUCAUUCAAACGGUGGCCUUGACGCAAUACGCUGUCAGAAAAUCAUCAGAUGUCGAGAAUUUUAUGACGUCAGUUGAACGAGUUAUGACCUACACCAAGCUAGACUCUGAGCCUGGAUACGAAGUGGACACACUUCCCCCGGAACACUGGCCACGCGAAGGAAAUAUCACAUUCCGCGACGUGUCGAUGACGUAUUACCCAGGGGGACCUAAAGCCCUGAGGAACAUCAGUCUUGUCAUCAAAGGAGGCUCAAAAAUUGGUGUUGCAGGCCGCACGGGCGCCGGCAAAUCAUCUUUUGUCGCAGCUCUUUUGCGCAUGCCCGACCCUGACGGAGAGAUUUUGGUGGACGGAAUUCAGAUAAAGAAUAUUAAUCUCCGAGCAGCUCGCGGGUGUAUAUCCGCUCUUAGCCAAACUCCGGUGCUUUUCAGUGGAUCAUUGAGGAAGAACCUGGAUAUUAUGAAGUGCUUCCAAGAUGCAGAUCUGUGGCGGGUCUUAGAGGAUGUGCAACUGAAAGAUUUCGUUCAAAGUCUUGAGGGACAAUUGGAUUACGAAUUGUUGGAAAAUGGAGCAAAUGUCAGUGUAGGAGAGCGGCAGUUGAUUUGUUUGGCUCGUGUUCUGUUGCAGAAGAGCAAGAUCAUCAUCUUGGAUGAACCCACUGCACACGUGGAUCCAGCCACAGAAGAAACAAUCUGGAGAGUGGUGCGAGAGAAACUGAAAGACUCCACAGUAAUAACUAUAGCUCACCGUCUGAACACCAUCCGACACUGUGACAAAGUAUUUGUUUUCAAGGAGGGAGGGGUGGUCGAGUCUAGAAAGUUUGACACAUGA